UUUUUUUUUUUUCUUAAUAGUUAGUUUAUUCAGAUUUCUGCUUUUUCAAGUUUAUAACUUAUGCAAAAUAAAGUUUGCAUGCUGUCUUAGUCAGGGUUUCUAUUCCUGCACAAAGAUCAUGACCAAGAACAAGAUGGGGAGGAAAGGGUUUAUUCAGCCAACACUUCAUGUUGCUGUUCAUCACCAAAGUAAGUCAUGACCAGAACUUAAGCAGGUCAGGAAGCAGGAGUGGAUGCAGAGGCCAUGGAGGGAUGUUCUUUACUGGCUUGUUUCCCCUGGCUUGCUCAGCCUGCUCUCUUAAAGAACCAAGACUACCAGCCCCCAGAUGGUCCCACCCACAAGGGGCCUUUCCCCCUUGAUCACUAACUGAGAAAAUGCCUUACAGCUGGAUCUCAUGGAGGCAUUUCCUCAACUGAAGCUCCCUUCUCUGGGAUAACCCCAGCUGUGUCAAGUUGACACACAAAACCAGCCAGUACACCGCGAUCAUCAAAUCAUUUUGUUACUACUUCAUAACUGAAAUUUGCUACUGUUAUGAAUCAUAUUUGUAAAUAUCUGAUAAGCAACACCUGCAGGACUUGUGACCCACAGGUUGAGAACAGCUGCUGUAUGGGGCAUUUUCUUAAGUAGUGAUUGAUGUAGGCCUAAUUUUUUGUGGGUGGUGCCAUGCCUGGCUGGUGGUCUUACGUUCCAUAAGAAAGCAGGCAGAGCAAGCAAUGGGGAGCAAGCCAGUAAGCAGCACUCCUCCAUGGCCUCUGUAUCAGCUCCUGCCUCCAGCUUCCUGUGUGAGUUCUUGUCCUGACUUCCUUCAAUGAUGGACAGUGAUAUGGAAGCAUAAGUCAAAUAAAUCAGCCCUUUCCUUCCCACCUUGCUUUGGUCAUGGUGUUCCAUCGAAGCCAUAGAAACUAAGACACACAGAGAGAAAAUUUUAUGUUUUUCUAAGGAACACAGGCUUUAUAUCUUAUAUAAAAUAUUCGAGGAAGGAGGAAGAAAAUAAGUACUCAGUAAUGUUUCUUGAGAAUCAUACAGCCUUGAUACCCCACACCAUCGAAGGACAAGGUAAACAAAAUAAACCAAGACUUCCCCAACAACUUUCCAAAGUAUAGGUCAACUGUUUACAUGAGUCUGUAUGAAAACAAAACAACCAAUGAAAAUAAAGCAGCUUGUUUAAAGAAUGAAACUUGAGAAUGGGCCCUUUUCAAGUGGGGUGUGCUGGUGCGUGGCUAUAGUCACAACAUUGGAAAGUUAAGGCAGGAGGAUUGCAAGUUCGAAGCCAGGCAGGACUACAGAGUGAGACCCUGUCUCUAAAAACAAAAUAAACCCUUUCCAUAAGAAAAUGAACUAUUGUGGGUGGGUAGGGGAGCAGGACGGGGGGGGGGGGCCUCUGGGGGGGUAUAGGGAACUUUCGGGAUAGCAUUUGAAAUGUAAAUAAAGAAAAUAUCUGGGCUGGUGAGAUGGCUCAGUGGUUAAGAGUGCUGACUGCUCUUCCAAAGGUCCCAAGUUCAAAUCCCAGCAACCAUGUGGUGGCUCACAACCAUCCGUAACGAAAUCUGAUGCCCUCUUUUGGAGUGUCUGAAGACAGCUACAGUGUACUUACAUAUAAUAAAUAAAUAAAUCUUAAAAAAAAGAAAAUACCUAAUAAAAUAAUAAUAAAAAGAAAAUGAACUAUUCAAGAUAAAUUGGAUUAACAUGUCCAUGUGAAAAAAAAACUCACAUGAAAGAUAAUCAUAUUCAUUAUCAACAUGAAUAUAAAAAUUAAUUAGAACACAAAAAUCUAUAUCACAUUAUGACAAAAUUAUGAGAAUGUGAGGAAAUCCCUCUCAUACGUAAAUGGUAGGAGAGCAAUUUAGAAUAUCUAGUAAAAGCGUUUACAUUCCAAAAUAAAAACAAUUAUAUACUCAGGUAUAUUUUGUACUGAGGAUGUGUUCACAUUGUCAUUACUUGACAAAAUAAGCAAAGCCUAGUGUCUUCCCGUAGUAAAUGAAUUUAUCCAUGCACACCACUUAGUAUAGUGUCUGGGGUAUAAGCUAAGCAUCAUAUAACACCUUGUUAUGUAUCAUCACCAUCGAUCAGUCAGUCGUAGGAGAGAUUCUACAAAUCUAUCAAUAUCAUCAACACUGGGAAGAAACAUAUUUGCGAUGCUCGAACACUGUCUGGAUAGGUGUAUUGAAAAGCUAAUUAACCGCCAACGUUUGGUCAGUUUGGAGGCUGAUUGCUCCUCUCUCUCCUAGCACUAAGGAGGAGCGUGUUUUCCGAGAGACAACGCAAUCUUUCAGUCAAGUCGAGAAAUCUUGGUGGGACCUUGGUGUUUGCCUGGUGCUACCCUUGGGUUUUGGUGAUUUGCUGCAGGGCUGCAGGUAUUCAGUCCUUUCUGGACCGCAUGUGUAGGGAAAGAGGAACGAAGGAACGGUAGUCACCAGGGAGGCUGGUGAGGGUCCUCUUGGAAAGCUGCCCGGGACAGAAGGGUUGCAGUUCUGCAGCCAGAAACCAUCCCAUCUUGCUGCUUAGGUGUUGUUGGAAAGCCACUUGCCCAAGAGUGGAAGCAGGCGGCGCUCGGAGGAGAGCGCACUCCAGCUUCUGGCCCAGGCUUAGCUCGCGGCAGCUGACUGCGGGCAGGACGCAAGCCUCGAACUUCAAGUAAGAACCUCGGGCCCCAGGAAAAACUUAGGCAAAGCUUGCAGGCGGAUGAUCGCCUCCGCGCAGAUCCUGAAAGCCUCCUCCGAAGGAGGAGCUUUCACGUCUAGAACGUCAGGCCACUCUGGCUGUGAGAGGGGCGGAAGCCAGCCUCGAGGGCUGAGAGCUUGUGGCCGCUGAAGCCAAGUUCUUCCGACCUGUGCACCGCGUUUCAGGAGCCAUCGGGGAGCGAUCAGUGGACAGCAGAAGAGAAGCAACGAACCCUGGAGGAUCUGAGAUCUCCUCCACCAAAACGCAUCCAAGGGCCUCAUAUCCAGUUCUUUACGUGCCCACGACUCUCCGGCUGACCCGGUGCAAAACCCCAGCUUCCUGUUAAGGGUCCCGAGUGUAGCUUCCCGGCAGCCCCUAACACCCGGAGCGCGACAAUCUAGCGCACCGGGAGCGGCAGGCGCGGGCCCGCACGGACACAGUGCGCACGCGCAGGGGGUGGGCCGCCCGGUCAGCCGGAGCAGUGACGAGCCCGGAAGCGCCGGCGCGCGCCCCCUCCGCCCCAGAACUAGUUUGGUUCGGUGUCCUCCGAACGCCAGCCAUCCGUAGAGGACCCCGCACGCUCUCUCCCGCACCCGCCUGCUGGCCAGCACCGCCCGCGAUGUCUAGCAACAGUUUCGCCUACAACGAGCAGUCGGGAGGAGGGGAGGCGGCGGAGCUCGGGCAGGAGGCCACCUCGACCAUCUCUCCCUCGGGCGCCUUCGGCCUCUUCAGCAGCGAUUGGAAGAAGAAUGAAGACCUGAAGCAGAUGCUGGAGAGCAACAAAGAUUCUGCCAAGCUAGAUGCUAUGAAGCGAAUUGUUGGGAUGAUUGCGAAGGGGAAAAAUGCCUCGGAACUCUUCCCUGCUGUUGUGAAGAAUGUGGCCAGUAAAAACAUCGAGAUCAAGAAGUUGGUGUACGUUUACCUUGUCCGAUAUGCUGAAGAACAGCAGGACCUGGCUCUUCUGUCCAUAAGCACUUUCCAGCGAGCUUUGAAGGACCCGAAUCAACUAAUCCGUGCAAGUGCCUUGAGAGUUUUGUCAAGUAUUAGAGUGCCAAUUAUCGUGCCUGUCAUGAUGCUGGCUAUUAAGGAGGCUUCAGCUGACCUGUCGCCAUAUGUUAGGAAGAAUGCAGCCCAUGCUAUUCAGAAGCUGUACAGUCUUGACCCCGAGCAGAAGGAGAUGUUAAUUGAAGUCAUUGAGAAGCUUCUGAAAGACAAGAGCACGCUGGUGGCUGGCAGUGUGGUGAUGGCCUUUGAAGAAGUGUGCCCGGAUAGAAUCGAUCUGAUUCACAGGAAUUACCGAAAGCUUUGUAACCUGCUGGUUGAUGUUGAAGAGUGGGGGCAGGUGGUCAUAAUCCAUAUGCUAACAAGAUACGCUCGGACCCAGUUUGUCAGUCCUUGGAGAGAGGAUGGUGGUCUGGAAGACAAUGAGAAGAACUUCUAUGAAUCUGAGGAGGAGGAGGAGGAGAAGGAGAAGAGCAGCAGGAAGAAGUCGUAUGCCAUGGACCCAGACCACAGACUCUUAAUUAGAAACACCAAGCCGUUGCUUCAGAGCAGGAAUGCAGCGGUGGUUAUGGCUGUCGCUCAGCUAUAUUGGCACAUCUCACCCAAGUCGGAGGCUGGUGUCAUUUCUAAAUCACUGGUGCGCUUAUUGCGCAGCAAUAGGGAGGUGCAGUAUAUUGUAUUGCAAAAUAUUGCAACUAUGUCAAUUGAGAGAAAGGGUAUGUUUGAACCUUACCUGAAGAGUUUCUAUGUCAGAUCCACUGAUCCAACUAUGAUCAAAACACUGAAGCUUGAAAUUUUGACAAACUUGGCAAAUGAAGCCAACAUAUCAACUCUUCUUCGAGAAUUUCAGACCUACGUGAGAAGCCAGGACAAACAGUUUGCAGCAGCCACUAUUCAGACCAUAGGCAGAUGUGCAACCAGCAUUAGCGAGGUCACCGACACAUGCCUCAACGGCCUGGUCUGCCUGCUGUCCAACAGGGAUGAAAUAGUUGUUGCUGAGAGUGUGGUUGUUAUAAAGAAAUUGUUGCAAAUGCAGCCUGCACAGCAUGGUGAAAUUAUCAGACAUAUGGCCAAGCUCUUGGACAGUAUCACUGUUCCUGUGGCUAGAGCAAGCAUCCUUUGGCUAAUUGGAGAAAACUGUGAACGAGUUCCUAAAAUUGCUCCUGAUGUUUUGAGGAAAAUGGCUAAAAGUUUCACUAGUGAAGAUGAUCUCGUGAAACUGCAGAUUUUAAAUCUUGCAGCAAAAUUGUAUUUAACUAAUUCCAAACAGACAAAAUUGCUUACCCAGUACAUAUUAAAUCUCGGCAAGUAUGAUCAAAACUACGACAUCAGAGACCGCACACGAUUUAUUAGGCAGCUUAUUGUUCCGAACGAGAAGAGUGGAGCCUUAAGUAAAUAUGCCAAAAAAAUCUUCCUAGCACCGAAGCCUGCGCCACUGCUCGAGUCUCCCUUUAAAGAUAGGGAUCGCUUCCAGCUUGGCACCUUAUCUCAUACUCUCAACAUUAAAGCGUCCGGGUACCUGGAAUUAUCUAAUUGGCCAGAGGUGGCGCCUGACCCAUCGGUUCGCAAUGUAGAAGUAAUAGAGUCAGCAAAAGAAUGGACCCCACUUGGGAAAACAAAGAAAGAAAAACCCAUGAAGAAAUUUUACUCUGAAUCUGAGGAGGAGGAGGACGAGGACGAGGAUGAGGACGAGGAGGAGGAAGAAAAGGAAGAUGAGGAUGAGAACCCCUCUGAUAGCAGCAGUGACAGUGAGAGCGGGUCCGGAAGUGAGAGUGGAGACACAGGCACCGAGGACAGCAGUGAGGACUCGUCCAGUGGACAAGACAGCGAGACCGGAAGCCAGGCAGAAGCGGAACGCCAGAAGGUGGCCAAGAGGAACUCCAAAACCAAGAGGAAAAGUGAUUCAGAAAAUAGGGAGAAGAAAAAUGAAAACUCAAAAGCUUCUGAAUCGUCCAGUGAGGAGUCCAGUUCCAUGGAAGACAGUUCUUCCGAGUCAGAGUCAGAGUCAGGCUCUGACAGUGAGCCUGCGCCCAGAAACGUGGCUCCGGCAAAAGAAAGAAAACCCCAGCAAGAAAGACAUCCUCCCUCCAAAGAUGUUUUCCUUCUAGAUCUGGACGACUUUAACCCAGUAUCCACCCCAGUUGCCCUUCCUACACCAGCCCUUUCUCCAAGCUUGAUAGCUGAUCUUGAAGGUCUAAACUUGUCAACUUCUUCAUCAGUCAUCAACGUCAGUACGCCUGUCUUCGUGCCAACAAAAACACAUGAGCUGCUUCACCGAAUGCAUGGGAAAGGACUGGCCGCCCACUACUGCUUCCCAAGACAGCCCUGCAUCUUCAGUGACAAGAUGGUCUCUGUACAGAUCACCCUGACUAAUACUUCUGAUCGAAAAAUAGAAAACAUCCACAUAGGGGGGAAAGGGCUUCCUGUGGGCAUGCAGAUGCAUGCCUUUCAUCCAAUAGACUCUCUGGAGCCUAAGGGGUCCGUGACUGUCUCAGUGGGUAUUGACUUUUGUGAUUCUACACAGACGGCCAGUUUCCAAUUGUGCACCAAGGAUGACUGCUUCAACGUCACCCUCCAGCCACCUGUUGGGGAGCUGCUUUCACCUGUGGCCAUGUCAGAGAAGGACUUUAAGAAGGAGCAAGCCUGCCUCUGCUUUACAUCUGUCUGCUCAGCCAAUCAAGGAACGCUCACUGGAAUGAACGAGACUUCGGCUACACUCAUCGCUGCUCCACAGAACUUCACUCCCUCCAUGAUCCUCCAGAAGGUUGUAAAUGUGGCCAACCUCGGUGCUGUGCCUUCCAGCCAAGAUAACGUACACAGGUUUGCAGCUAGAACUGUGCACAGUGGGUCGCUGAUGCUAGUCACAGUGGAACUGAAGGAAGGCUCCACAGCCCAGCUUAUCAUCAACACCGAGAAAACCGUGAUUGGUUCUGUUCUGCUGCGGGAGCUGAAGCCUGUCCUGUCCCAGGGGUAACCUGCUUACAUCUGGACUUCAGAAUCUGGCACACAACAAAAGUGCCUGGCACCCACUGCUGCUGCCUUUCAUUUAUAAUAAUAGCCCUUCCAUCUGGCAGCAGGAAGAGCGCACUCUCGACAUUCUUGUCUCUGCUUUAGAAUGCUGCUGUGUCUGUCAUGUGUGCACUCCUCGCCCCUCCUCGCUUUGCUAACCAAAGAACAUAUAUUUUACUGUCCAUUUCCUCAGCUCCCCAGUCCGAGUAGCAUUUUCUCUGCCCUCCGACUUCUUUUGACCUCAUCUUCCUUCUGGGUUUUGAGAACAGUGGGUGUGAAUCAGUGCUUGGCAAUCGUCCUUCUUACAGCAGUAAGCAAAAAUUAGCAAGGAACGUGUCCGCAUGGCCUCUCAGCUUGGUAUGUGAAAAGGAAAUAGCAUACUUUUUCAAAAAUAAAUAAAUAAAAAUGGCAUCUCUGAAAAUCCCAUUCUUUGAUUUUCCUGGUAUUGUAAUUGGUUAUUGACAAUUGUCAUCAUGAAAUUACCCCUGAAUAAUCAGGUAAAUAAAGGAGUAUAUGAAUAGCAUUUGCCUCUCCUAA